AUGACGAUCUUGCGGGGUACAUCUGCACCGUUGAUUUCGAACUUCGGGCCGUUGCGGUUAGUUUCCUCCCAGGUCGGCGGCUUUGCAGAGAAUAUCUGCACCGUUGAUUUCGAACUUCGGGCCGUUGCGGUUACUUUCCUCCCAGGUCGGCGGCUUUGCAGAGAAAGCGGGCCACGAUGGAGGCUGCAAGGAAAGCGGCUCGCGAGGAUCGGACCCCCCAAGGCAUCGCCGACAGGGCCCAGAAGCUUCGCUCUUCAAGAGAGUCCAAGGCUGCCAAACGGAGAGCUGAGCGUGGUCCUCGGGACUUCACCCCUAUCGUCAAGUCCCCGCCUAUCUUGGCGUGCGACGACGAACAUGUCCAAGGCUGCCAAACGGAGAGCUGAGCGUGGUCCUCGGGACUUCACCCCUAUCGUCAAGUCCCCGCCUAUCUUGGCGUGCGACGACGAACAAGGGCGGAUCGACGGCAACGACCAGCCCUUCAUGCUCGACGACAUCCUCCACCCGUCAAGAGUGCACAAGUGCAUCCACGACUUUUGCACCUUCAUGGUUAACUCCAUUGAGAGCACUUCAUGUGCUGUUUGUGAUGUCUUGCACAGGGAGAUCGACAUCAACCUCAUCGCAGCAACAGACCUGCGGCAUGCAGAUCUACUCAAGGCCAGUGACAAGAUGCUCGGCUGCGCUGGUGUACGGGACCGCUUUUUCGGCUACCCGGGCGGCGAUGAUUCGAAGUGUCUUGAUGGACUUGUGCUUGAGAGGCUCGGCUUCGAGGCAGAUCCGCCUCAUCGGCUGAGGGUCUGUGCGGAGUGCUUUCGUGACCUCUCCAGGAACAGAAUGCCGGAGGCCGCUCUAGCUAACGGUUUAUGGCUCGGUGAAUUCCCAGAACACCUACGGUCGGCUUCAUUCGUCGAGUUGAUCGCCGCAAGCCCCGUGCGCGUGAGCGGUAUCGUACUGGCACUCGAUGAGCUUAAGGUCGGGAACAUCGCCGGGUCAGCAAAGAGUUUAAUGCGUAGCACUUUCACCUUCUACAUGCAAGACGCAUACGGUGUGCAGCUCAAGCUCCCUGCAUGUGACGCCGACAUCGCCGGCUCCAUCACCAUCGUUCUAGUUGGGGCGAACGCGACGCCUGCCCAGCUACGCCGUCUGCUCGGGGCGCGGCGGAGCAUGAUCGAGGACCUUAAUACUUUCCUGCUGGACAAAGACAACGCCUUGGUGGGCGAACACACCUUAGCGCGUCAAGCUCAGCAGUCGCCGGAGAACCUCGCCACCUUUAGCGUAAACGGUGACGUCCCCAAAGCCAUCCUUGACUCCAUCGUUGCUGUUCAAGACAAAACUGGGUCCUACGCCAACGCACGGUCCACCCACGCCCACGAAAACCGUGAGCCAGAAGUUCCCGCGAACACAGACCGUGCAGGUGGUAUUCUGCGCGAUGACACGUUGCCUACGGCGCCGAUGGUGGUCGAAAUCAACGCCGUCAUGGACACCGGCGAAGAUAGGGCCGUCGCGGAGUCGUCCAAACCUGCCCGUCUAAGGGGCCUCGGAUCUUCCAUGUGUUCCGGAGAUCCUUCUCUUGCGCAGCAAGCGGCGGCUGAGGCCGCCGCCGCCGUAAGGGCUGGUCGUCCCUCCCCGCUUGGUACCGACAAAGCCAUGGUGCUCACCCACUCCGGGAAACUCGUCUCGGACUUCAGCGAACCCGGACUCUUCAUUGCCGCCUUCUACGACCUCUUCCCGCAUGGGGUUGGCGGCCCCUUGGACAAGAGGCGCCGCUCUCUGACCUUCAAGAGAUGGGCGCGGAUCCUACUCAAGCGACGUGAUCCGCGCUUCCGGAAGCACCGCACUUUCUUGUUCUGCGUGUGCGCCCUCAUCUUUCGACGGGAGGCCAUCGAAAACGCACGGUUUAAGCUAAGGGGGAACAUUUCCACGCGUAUCGCAUCAUUGCUUGCCAAGGUCACACCGGCGGAUCUCUCUCAGGCGGCGGCUGAGAUGGAGGGGAGUUUCGACUUUUCAUCCUUGAAUGAGGGCAUCCGAUCGCUCAUCAGGAUGAUGGAGUCCGUCAGUUCUGGCGCUUCGUGGACGAUUCACAACAAACGAUGCACGCGGAUGAUAGCCAUCUCCUACAUGAUUCAGAUGGGCCAGCCUCUCAUUUGGUUAACCAUCAGUCCGGCCGAUCACAACAGCCCCAUCGUCAUGAAGUUAGCCGGCGUCGACAUCGACGUCACAAGCAAGCUCAAGUCAGACUUUCCGGACUACACCGAGAAGCUCCGGUUGGUUGCCAGUGACCCCGUCGCAUCCGCACAGUUCUACCACAACACCAUCCAGGGAGUGUUGACCUGCCUCCUUCGGUUCGGAGCGUCAGACGGCGAUGGAGGUGUACUAGGGCGCGUGAAGGGGUAUGUAGGCAUGACGGAGGAACAGAAGAGGUUGAUGCUGCACGCCCACCUCUUGGUUUGGAUCUACGGGUACAACGACUUCGUCAGUUUCCGCGCGCUGAUGGACAAAACCCCACGUCGGUACACUGAGCUAGCCCGGUACUUGGACAACAUCGUCUUCAACCAGAUAGCUACCCUUGCCGACAUCAACCGCGUCAUGCGCGGCGUGGACCCUGCGCACCUACCCCCAGAGGUCGGGAACCACGACAGCGCUCAGCCUGCCUUGGACCCUCUCCUACGGGAUGCGAAAGAAUGCAUGCCUGUACCACCAGCCCGUUCGACCUUCCCUCCGCAGGGCGAACCGCCGGAUGAGGACCUCAGGGACGCUUACGCGCGUCUCAUGUAUCUGGACCUCGCCUGCGUGACUCCGGGAGCUAACCUGCACAAGUGCCAGGCGACUUGUCACAAAUAUAACCACAAGGAUUCUACGCGCGCGACUUGUCACAAAUAUAACCACAAGGAUUCGUGCCGGUUUGGCUUCGGAGAUGAUGGCCGACCGCUCGCCCAAGAAACUGUCGUGCAGCGUGGCCGUUGCGUUUUCGACACGAGCGGCAACAUGACCAUUGAUGGCGUCGUCUACUCCCACUCCUCUGCCGACGACGCAGCUGCCGCCGCUGCCAACGCUGCCUUCCAAGAAGCUUUCGACAACGCCGUUGCUGACGUUCGGCAAGAGCUUGCACGAUCGGACCCUGUGUCCGGGCGUUUCUCGGUGGAACACAAACGUCUGCACACCCACAUUAACAGCUUCAACCCCGUCAUUGCUUUCGCUGUUCGGAGUAACAUGGACAUCAAGGUUCUCCUUAAAGGCAGCGAUGCGAAGGGGCUGCUGUAUUACAUCUUGAAUUAUGCCACCAAGACCGAGCAGACUUUGGACGUUCUACUGCCUCUUCUAAUUCCCGUCGUCGAGCGCAUUCGAGCGGACAGCGGAGACGCUCCGGAGAAGGAGAUGGCCGUCCGCCUGGUACGUUCGUGUUUGUGCAAGCAGUUAUCAAGCCUCCCCAUCGGCGGACCAGCAGCUGCAAGCAAGGUAUUGGGCCUCUCUGAUGAGAAGCUUUCCCACAGCCCCGUGCCAUGCCCAAUGACGCCCCUCCUUACAUGGGCUUCCAAGAGGGACAAGCCUGCAGAUGCAGACAACAGCCCCGGCGAUGACAGCGACAGCAACAGCGGCAGCGACAGUGAUGCCGACGACAGCGGCGUAAUCAUCACGCCCUUCCAAGGCAAGCUCACCGUUGCUCAACGGACCCACCUACUCUACAGGAGCCGGUGCCGGCCGGAUGAUACCGAACACCCCUUACACCAAAAGUCUUACUUCGCUUGGUGCAGGGAAGUGCGAAUCGAGAAGUGCCCCACUCUGCACGGUAGACCGCGUGGGAAGCAGCCUUCCGCUCGUGGCAACGACGACGAUGACGUCGACGACGUCGAUGACGGACACCCCGGCGACGAAUGUCUGGACGACGACCCAGUCAGCCCUUCCGGGAGGACAGCCUCCACCCGAGCGCCACGAAGAGGGAGACCGCGUGCAACCCGCUACGAGCUUGUCGGCGAAUACCAAAACAAAUGGGAGCAGGGUGCGUUGCAUCCUUACGUUCGUACGCGGUUGUACCCUCUGUGUACAUGUUUGACAUUUGCUCGUACACAUAUCGUGCGAGAGAAGCCCGCCAUUUCCAACAUCAUCAAGGAUGUGCCGACAUCCGACACUCAACCGGUCGCCCACGGUUUCUCAUCUUUCCCUCUCUUCCCGUGCUUGUCAUCUGCUCGCCGUCUUACUAUACAGAUCGUGCGAGACAAGCCCGCCAUUGCCAACAUCAUGAAGGAUGUCCCGAGAUCCGACACUCAACCUGUCGCCCACGCACGCCUCCUCAUCUGCAUGUUCGUCCCAUUCUUCACGUUGGACGACCUCAAGCGUGCGGACGAAACUUGGCCAGAUGCCCUACGGAGAGCAGAUGACGACAAUCGGUGGGAUCCCGGCACGUACCCCUUCCGCCUCAACAUUGAAGGAAUGCUUGCUCAGAAGUUGGCCGCUGCAGAGGAGACCGCCAAGAGACGCGCCGAACGUCAACUCCUCUCCGAGAAGCCGGACACGCUAGGCGACAACGUCGCUGGAGACGUUCUCCUCGACUCCUACGGUGGUGAAGACGAGCCUGGAGAGAGUGUCAUCCCUGCUACCGUUCGAAGAAUGCUCACGGACCUCUUCGUCGACGACGCCUUCCGGACUUUCGUUGCAGCCGGCUUCAACGGGGACGGUUCCUCUCCAGAUGGUUCAUCCCCUCUCCUCAGCGGACGAUCAAUGGAAGACGCCUGCCGGGAUAUUUCCUUUGUUUGUGGCGGCACCGAUUUGGAGGCGGCAACGGCGUUCAUUUCACGCCAGGAGAACGAACUGGAGAACAUAUCCCCUCUCCUCAGCGGACGAUCAAUGGAAGACGCCUGCCGGGAUAUUUCCUUUGUUUGUGGCGGCACCGAUUUGGAGGCGGCAACGGCGUUCAUUUCACGCCAGGAGAACGAACUGGAGAACAAAUCAUCGUCCUCUGCAUCAGCUUUGGCUGGGUCUGACUCACACACGACCACCGCCGGAUCAUCUAACAGCAUUGGCGUGCCAAAAGAGGACCCUAUCGAACCCUAUAUCAUCGAGUUGCGCAAGGCCUCUCAGGACGGGUUAUCUCCGGAAGCAUGCCGAGCCCGUGACGAGCGUCGGGAUCGCACCAACGCAGAAGUCGCUGACACAGACAUUGGGGCGGUUGCAGCUUUGCAGCACGUCGCGGCUUUCUCCAUCGCCCAGGAGUUCGGUCUCAACAGAAAGCAACGACAGGCCUUCUACAUCUUCGCCAACGGCCUGCUCGCACAAUGUCGGCCUGAUCCCCCGCCGGCCCUCCGUCUUUACAUCGGUGGAGGGGCGGGCACGGGCAAAACACACGUUUUGCGCGCCAUACGGGCCUUCGUCGACUCGCCCCCAGUUAAGCGCCUUCUUCCGAGAGCUCGUCUACUCUGUGUGGCCUUUCAGGGAAAGCAAGCCGCUGCCGUCGGGGGUACAACCGUGCAUUCCGUCUGUCCCAACACCGACGACAGCGACGGCUGCCUCUCCGGUGCUCACGAAGGCCAGUCGACGCUGCCCGCAAGCAAGGCUGCUCACUGGAAGGGGGACGUCGUCCUGGCCAUCGAGGAAAUUAGCAUGAUCAGCUGCAACCUUCUCGUGCGUCUGCACAACACUGCGUGUUCCAUGUUCCCACUGCACAAGGGACAGCCCUUCGGCAACAGGGUCGUGGUCAUGCUCGGAGAUUUCAAUCAGCUAAGGCCCAUCAAAGCCAGGUCUUUAGCACACGGGACUGCCCUCCAAGAACGGCGUCUCGGCAUGACCGUCACAGAGCGUUACGGUUCCGACCUUUUCCGCAUGGCCAACGCCUGCGUUAUGCUCCAUGAAUCCAACCGCUUCUCGCCAUCCUACGCCCCAGUCAUGGAGCGUUGUUUGUACUCCAAGUGCACCGAAGACGACGUCAAACUCCUCAACACCUGCGUCAUGGGGGCUUCUACCACCCGCAACGCCACUUCUGCUUUCGACGCAAUCAUCGUCACCUUCAGGAACAAGGUCAGCACCAUCUUGACGGCACCAAUGAUGCGUGCUUUGUGCCAAGCUAGGGGAACUCCGCUAUUUGUCGCCCGUGCACACGACGUUUACGUCAAGCACCAGCGUCCUGGCUACGCGGAAGAGAAACCCGCCACCAAUGCGCCUUGGCCCACUGGCCUACGUGAGGAAAUCAACUCCCUCGACGACGCCAAGACCAAGGACUUGCCCACCCUCGCCUUCCUUGCGGUCGGUGCCCCCGUCGUCGUCCACAAGAAGCCGCAGUUUGUCCUGCUAGGUGUUUGCAACAACUCCGAUGGAAUCAUCCGCGGCAUCGAGCUCGAUCCCCGUGAGGACUUCCUCCUCGACCCUACACCUGGGUACUCCGUCGUCAACCUACGGUAUGCGCCUCUUCGUGUAUUUGUCUACAUCAAGACCGCUGACGACGCUGGACUGCACUUGGAAGGUUUGGACCGCGGUGUCGUCGCCAUCGCUCCUGUCGAGAAAGAGUUUACCAUCGAAGGCAUCGGCAAGAGGAAAUUCAUCUUCAAAAGGCGGCAACUUCCAGACAUCCUGGGCAUCAUCAACUACCUGCACCGGCUAGGCAAGGAAACUCUCAAGCUUUUCCCCCAGGACGCUUCCACCUUUACGCCAGCCUCGGCAUCGCUUGAUGCUGCCACCGACGAAGGGCCAACCUCGUCAAGGAGGCAACGACGGAGAACCACAGGCCGUCACGGGCCUGGUGCAGCACGGAGAGUAGCGCAUCUUAUCGCUAACAGCAACAACAACUGCUUCUUCAACUCGGCCUUGGCUUUGGGACUGGCUGCGUGGGACGGUCAGCAACUACCUCCUUCGUCCGCUGGUACUCCUGCAGCAGGAUCAUUUUUUUCGGCGUUGCAGCUCUUGAGGGACUGCAUGUUCAAUGGAUCCACCUUGCCCGACCACAUCGUCGAAAGUUCAUUUAAUUGUUUCCGCGCGCGCGAGGUCACCCCGGAUCAGUCCGCCAGGCUACGGGGCGCCACCGUCAUCACCAUCCCCAACGGAGUUUCGGCCACUUUCCAAGACAACGUGUUCAACUUCUUCCGCACCUCGGCCCCUACCGACUUGGCCAUCCCAGGCCAGUCUUUGUACCCCUGCUGUGCCGACAGUGUUCACGAAAACAGGCCGCAUGGGGUAGCACAGGAGUAGCUGCCGCCUAGUUGUAUAUAGCGGGUUCAUGAGCGCCUCAACGCCGCUCUCCUUUUUUUUGCGUUUGAGGCUUUUUUUGCGUUCGGUUUCGCCGGGUCUUCCGUGCCUUUGCUUUGUCUCUUUCUCCUACGCGCGUGCGGUUGGCCUUGCUGGCGCGACUUUGGUCGGGUGUCGGCGAGAGAAGGGUUAACCUUGUUGACCAGGUCCGCUGGUCCUUUGCGGGAAGCGACUGUGAGUUAGUUUCUACCGGUUGUACGGGGUCCUCGGGGCGCAUUUUUUUUCGAGGUUUUGUUCCUUUUCUGCUGUCGGACCCGUUGGCUGGCUUCCUCUGCUGCGGCGCGCCCUUUCUGUUCUGGUUUUCGCUGCAAGGUGUGUGC